AUGUAUUUUCAAGAUACGGGAGAAUUUGAACUCGAGUGCUAUGAACAGAAUACAGCUAAUCCAGAAAGAACCGAACUGUGGCCAAACAGAAACUUUCGUGUGAGAUUCUACGAGGAACCAAGAGAACAAGUCCCCAUUCAACGUACCAAACAUGCAGCUAUCCCAAUUCAAACACCUUUUGGAGACCACUGCAUUCUGGCGGCAGAUGCUCUUUUUGAAAUUCUCAAUCGAUUGAUUUUCUGUCAUCGAAUUUUCCAGAAGUUUCAGGAAUCCACGUGGCCAGUUCUUUCGGCACAUUUAGCUCAACUAUCAGAAUUCUUCAGUACAAAUGAGCUCCAAUUGUUUCUUCAUACUACAGAUGAAACAGAGAGUUUUCGAAUUUUCAGGGCGCAUAUAUCGAAUGGAAGAAAGUGGAAAUAA